AUGACCGCGCGCACCCCUGCUGCCGGUACUUCGUUCCUCGGCGAUGCCUCACGGCCAUCUCGUCCUUCGUCGGCUCUCCCUUCGGGAUCAGCCUCGCCCUUCACGCACAUCUCGGCCCCAACUCCCGAACGGACGGCACGAAGAAGAGUCGCCACGACUGAGGACGUAGAGGAUGUGGGAGGCUUCGGCCGAGUGAGCGAUAGUGCCCGCUCCUCGGUCUCCUCCCAUCCGGUCGCCUCUCCGGAUUUUCCACGGACGUUGCUUGUCCCAGGAACUCUGGACAAUGAUCCCCCUUCCGGAGUGCAACCUCCACGCGAAAUCCAACCCUCGACGUUUGUCGAGUCGCCCCGCCCCCGGCCAGCUGAUAACAGCUCGCAGACUGCGCUGCCGCCAGGAUGGAGCGCCCAGCACUCGCCUCCGGUCACUCCUUCCCCUGCCGACUGGUUCUGCCCCGUGGAGGUCAGCACCUCUGGAGCACCCGUGUACGUCCCCCAGCCCGUCGCCACGUCCACUCCUUGGAAGUCAAAUGAUUCCCCCGAGGUCUCGGCUCCUGCGAACUCCUCAGUCUCGGCCGAGGAAAUUAGGCUAGCCGCGAAGGAGGCCGUCGAUAAGGUCCACCUCCGGGACCUAGUGGACGAGUCCGGUCGAUUCAAGGCUCACCUCCGCAAGCCGGCGGAAGCUCAGGCCACCUUCAACGACCUCAACGCUCGGGACGCUAUAGGAAAUUUCGGAACGUUGUUCGAGGAGACUAACAUCUUCAUUGCCGAAGACUUAGACCCUCGCGACAUCAUCGACGCCGCUGACCUCGAAGGAAAGGAAUCUCGGUACCGAAUCAAGGCCCGAGCGAUGCUGCGCAUCAACUAUAUAGUGGAGGGUCUCGAAUCAUUGGUCAAUCAAAUGCUGCGCUUGGAGGAUGCGAAUCGCAAGUGGAAGACGGAUCACGCGGGCUCACUCAUGAGCACCCUCCGAGCUUCGGCCUCUCGUGGGCUCAUCUCGGACGCCUUCCGAGUCGUCCAAUACCGUGCAGCUAAGGCGGUUACGCUGAUCCAUCAGCGACGGGCCCUUCACGACGGGAUGAAUUACCCCGAUUCCGUCAAGUCCACGGUUUCGGACUUUAGCCAACACGUCCGCGCUUCGAACUCCAAGCGUAUGAUGAUCGACAAAUGGCUCGACCACCCCGAUAUCUUCUCGAACCUGACUCCCGAAUAUCAAGCGGUCGUUCUAAGACGUCUAGGGAACUCGGAAGGCGUUGACCCGGAAUUAGCAAACUUGCAAAUCCCUCCUGACCAGCGGUUCCGAUGGCCCCCGCUUUCGCUGCUCGUCACUCCAGUAGUACACGGAGCUUCCGUGUCGAUGGCUGGAAGCGCCGUGCAUCCUUCACGGACGUCUUCGGCUGCGCGAGUCGAGUUGGACAUAACUCGAGCGUCUCCUUCCGUACCUUCCGAACCUUCCUCUCCUAUCAUGACGAAAGGAAGUGUUCGCUUCCCUCCUACGGUGGACACGCGCCCGCGUUAUUCCCAUCGGUCGAGUCACGCGAACUCCGACUUCACGCUCCCUCAGGUCGCGGAAGACGUAGGAAGAAAAGUCCAAUUUCAAGACCCCCCUCACUCCCGAAAGGACUCGGCCGCUCCGGGAUUAGGAACUCCUGCCCCGGAACUUCGUUCAUCUGAGCGAAGAUCCUCAGCGCCCUGGCCGCGCGGGCAUUCAAUUGCUCUUCCCGAAUCCGCGGCCGCGCAGACCCUCGACCUUCUUCCGCUCCUCGACCUCCAACCUUCGCCUCCCGCCAGAACUCUCCGUUACGAGACGCCCCGCCUCAUUUAG